UCGCUUUGGGUCUUGGGUCUCGCUACCAAUGUCUGCUCGCGCACGGGCGGGUCUCGCUUUGGGCGGCGCCGGCGCCGCGGUCGCCACGUCCUCCGGCUCCGGCUCCGACGGAGCGAGCGGCUGGCUCUCGAGCGCCAUCCCGGACCUGCCGCAGCGCCUCUUUGGCGCGCUCACGGGCCGGUCAGCGCCGCCGCCGCCGCCGAAUCCAGAGAUCGCAUCGUCGGUGGCGGCGACGCAGGCGGCGGUCGCCGCUCUCGACCGCAGCGUGCGGGCGCAGUCGGGCUCGCGCACCGCCGUCGUCGUCUUUGGCGCCGCGGUGGGCGGGCUCGGCCUCGCAAUCUACACGUUCGGGUGGGAGCGGGUGGGUUGGGUCUCGGGGAGCCAGCUGAAGGCGGGACUCGAGGGCGUGCGGGCGUCGGUGGAGGCGAUGCUCGCCCGCCUGCGGGAGGAGCUCCUCGCCCAGCUCGAGACUGUGCACGAGAAGCUGCGAGAGCUGACCGACUCGCUCGGCAAGGUCGGGGAGGACGUGGCCGAGGUGAAAAAAGACGUCAAGGCCGUCGGAGAGAAUGUCAACGCGCUCAACCGGCGGAUGAGCGUCGUGGACAAGCUCUCCAAGAAGGCAGCCGACGGCGUCGAGCUCCUGCUCUCUGUCGUCGCGACGUCGCCGAUCGCGUCGCAGGCCUCGCCCGCCACCGCCGCCAAGCUCAGCGCCUUUGCGCGCACCGACGCCGCCAAGGACCAAGGCGACGCGGACGCCGCCUCUUCCGCCGCCUCUUCCGGAGGCAAGCCCACGCUCGACCACCGGCAGCCUGUCCAGGCCAACUGACGGGUCGCUGCUGCCCCAAAGAGGCUGCAGCCGCGACUUUUGCGUUUGGAGCCGUGCGCUGGCCGUGCGCGGCCGAUCGCAGCACUCGCGUGGUACCACUGUCUCUGUGAAGUGUCCAGUGUUGGCAGUGCCGUGGGAGGGUGGCAGUGCCAGUGGCACUGGCAGUGUGCAGUGGUGGUAGAGCUAGAGGGGCCUCUGAGUAUCAAUUUCUUUUUCUGACUAACACUAC